CCUUCCCAUCGAUGUGCUUAGGAUUCACAAGUUCAGCUCUUCUCGGGUCGAGGGCUGGGUUACCCUCAAACAACUUCGUGUAUGUGAUUAGGUUUGGUGUUCCUCUUGUUUUUAAACUCAUAAUACGAUUCGACACAGUUUAACCAUGUCUGUUUUAACUUUGGAGGCGAAACUUGAAAGAACCGAUAGUGCCACCCCUUGGGGAUUUCGUAUGCAAGGAGGCAAGGAUUUUAGUAGUCCACUCACUAUUCAAAAAGUAAGUUGUUUACAUUUUUAACGACGUUACAAGUUUCAGGCCUGAUAAUUUAUUCAUUGGGUCAAAAACUGUUCGUCAUCACCGUUGCUGUUAAUUGAAACACGGGUACCAGAACCGUCUGGCUUCCUUUAUUUCCAUGCUACAUUGAAAUAACUAACAAAAUGAAACAUGUAUCGUUAGGUAAUGUCUGUUCCCACUGCAACUACACGGCUUGCACACACGCCUCACUGACCGCGAACGUUACCUUCAUCGCUACACUCUACAUUCUAAUUCUAAUGUUCAACACCCGCCGCCUCACUAGACUUAUUCAGUUUUGUCGAGACAGCGAAUUCCUUGCCACCAGGUAUCGUCAACAGGUACUCAAAUCGGUACCCCAAAAAUCAAUGCUUGAUCUUGUGUCGGACGAGGAUCGAUAAAUCGUAGAAUAGAAUAGAUGGCUUAUUAAUUUUAACUGGUAGUUGUGGUCUGACUUGGACUCUUUCGUACUUUUAGUCUUAGGGCUUGGCUUAGGGUUCAGACAAGGAAGCUGACUGUAACUCACUUAAAGUUGAAGUGUGAAAGUGAAGGCAAGGCUGUACACUGUACUGUAAGGCUAGGCUGUACUGUAAGGCUACAGUUGAUGGAAUGAGGAAUGCAACUGUGUAAACUUGGGGUGUGUGUGUGUUUGUUAUAUAAAUAUAGGAAAUUACACACGCUAUUUGAUACUUUCACCUGUCGUAGUGUGUAGGCCUAAAUAAUUUGAAUUCAUUGCCAGUAAGUUCAGUAAGAUUAUAACAUCAUUCAUUGAUACCCGGUUAAAACAACAUACAUAGUCAUUAUCAUUAUGAUAAUGUAAAACAGAAAUGGACUGGCAAGGGGGAGGAGUGACCGUGAGCUGGUGUGAGUGUUGGGGGGGGGGGGGGAAACAAUUUCUCAAAAAAUGUCAGUGUAACAUCUUUGUGUCACCCAUUCAUUAUGAUUCAUCAUUGGUUAUAGAAUUUCCACCAAUGCCGUCAUUUUAUGUGUAUGUGACAAGGGGAGGUGAGGGGGGUAGGUUGUUUUUCUUAUUUUGUUUUUAAUGAUUGAGGAAUAAAUAUGAUUGAAUUGAUUGUUGGUAGGCUGGCCAAAUUGUUUUUUUACAAUUUAUUUAUGUGUUGGAAAAUCAUUUUUUAUUCAGAAAUUGCUGAUUAAAAAUAAUAUUGUUGGUUCUUAAAAAAAAAGGGUGGGGUGGAGUGGUUGGUGGGUUGUGAGUGUGGGAGUGGGUUGUGAGUGUGGGAGUGGUUGGUGGGUUGUGAGUGUGGGAGUGGGUUGUGAGUGUGGUAGUGGUUGUGGGUUGUGAGUGUGCUGUAAUAUUGAUAUUUCUGGAAUGCCUCUCUAUUUCAAUUAAAAAAUUGACAACAGCUGUCCUUUUUAUGCCAAACUGAUGUUAAACCAUGGUAACAGUUAUAGUUCUUUAUCAGAACAACAGCUUUUGUUUCCUGAAACCCUGCAAUUUCUCAGAAAUGUUCCACCAUUGAAUCAUGACUCAUAAUUAAAGUUUUGAUCAGUCUAUUCAAUGAUGGCUUAGCAAGAAUCAUUAAGUCCUGCGCUAGAAAUAUCAUUUAAUGUACUCUGAAAUUUCCUUAAUGACUAGAAAUGCCAUUUUCUGAAGUCAGGAUCAAAUAAGAGGGGGGUGGGGGAGGGGAGGAAAAAUCAAUGAUUCAUGUAUUGAUUGUAUGGUAUCUGAUCAGCAGUGCUGAGGUUACAGUAUGCCCACUGAAAUAUAAAAUGUAAUAAAAUGUUACAAAAUGAUCUAAUAAAUCAGGAGUCCUCAACAUGGUAACAAAGGGGAGAGACUGCAAUCAGUUUAGAAAAAAAAGGAAAUGAGCAAAAUUAAUUAUGGGAAUAUUCCCCUUGUCCUCUCGGAUACUACCUUACAGCUAAGUGUUAUUUUUAAAAUUUUAAUUCUGUUGUUUGUUCGCUGAUGAAGGCCUCUUGCCGACACAUUCCUUGUUUUGUUGCAACCUUUUUUUUUCCAGGUUUUCCCUUACUUUAUUUUGCAUAUUUCUAACUUUUAGCAUGAACGACCUCACUUUGAAAAAUUGAACUUUAUACUUUACAAUUAAAAUCUUAAGCUUUGAAUUUAUUGACUUCAUUGGGUACACACUCUCAGAGAACAACAAAAUUAGGGAACCUUGUAAUAAAAUAUCAUUGUAGAUUAUAAGCAAUGUAAAUAAUUUCACUUUUGAAUAGUCACUAUUUAUGUAUGUAUUGGCUUUCUUCCACACAAGACAAGUCUUUAAAUUGGUUUCUAGAUUAAAAAAAAUUCAACCAGGCUGAGGCUCCUAUCAUCAAUGAUAAUUAAUAUGUAUCAAAUUGAAACAAGAGGAUUGACCAGUCUUGCAUUUGACGGCCCUAACUUUUAAAGAUAAGAGGAUGCUAUAAAACUCUUUCAAACUGCUCACUGUGUGUUCUUCAGGGAGAACUCCUAGAAGAAUGUCAUCUAUAUUUAGACACUGGCACAGGUAAAAUGCUGAGCCUGGUGAAACAAGCCAUUGCUUCAAUGCCUCUUACUGUUGCAAUAGUGUGGGGGAUGCUCUGCUGUGUGAGGUGGGGGAGAAGGGGCAAAAGAAAGAGGAUGCUGUGUCUUUUUUAAUAUUUUUUUUUGGUGAGCUCAGCAUUUGGCAAACAGUUCAAUGUAUGCCUAGAUUUUAGAUAGUAACUAACUUAUGCACUUGAUCAUAUUUAUUUAAUGUAUUUCUGAUCAUGUUAAUGUGUUUAAUUAAGACACUACACAUUAUAAUAUCAAGUGAUAACUCAUACACUUGUAUAAAAUACUCAAAAGAUUGGUAAUAGUGUAGCUAUCAGAAGUUCUCAGAUUGGACACUAGUUAGUAGAGGUAAUAGUGUAGCUAUCAGAAGUUCUCAGGUUGGACACUAGUUAGUAGUGGUAAUAGUGUAGCUAUCAGAAGUUCUCAGGUUGGACACUAGUUAGUAGUGGUAAUAGUGUAGCUAUCAGAAGUUCUUAGAUUGGACACUAGUUAGUAGUGGUAAUAGUGUAGCUAUCAGAAGUUCUCAGAUUGGACACUAGUUAGUAGUGGUAAUAGUGUAGCUAUCAGAAGUUCUUAGAUUGGACACUAGUUAGUAGUGGUAAUAGUGUAGCUAUCAGAAGUUCUCAGGUUGGACACUAGUUAGUAGAGGUAAUAGUGUAGCUAUCAGAAGUUCUUAGAUUGGACACUAGUUAGUAGAGGUAAUAGUGUAGCUAUCAGAAGUUCUCAGGUUGGACACUAGUUAGUAGUGGUAAUAGUGUAGCUAUCAGAAGUUCUCAGGUUGGACACUAGUUAGUAGUGGUAAUAGUGUAGCUAUCAGAAGUUCUUAGAUUGGACACUAGUUAGUAGUGGUAAUAGUGUAGCUAUCAGAAGUUCUUAGAUUGGACACUAGUUAGUAGUGGUAAUAGUGUAGCUAUCAGAAGUUCUUAGAUUGGACACUAGUUAGUAGUGGUAAUAGUGUAGCUAUCAGAAGUUCUUAGAUUGGACAUUAGUUAGUAGUGGUAAUAGUGUAGCUAUCAGAAGUUCUCAGAUUGGACACUAGUUAGUAGUGGUAAUAGUGUAGCUAUCAGAAGUUCUCAGAUUGGACACUAGUUAGUAGUGGUAAUAGUGUAGCUAUCAGAAGUUCUUAGAUUGGACACUAGUUAGUAGUGGUAAUAGUGUAGCUAUCAGAAGUUCUCAGAUUGGACAUUAGUUAGUAGUGGUAAUAGUGUAGCUAUCAGAAGUUCUUAGAUUGGACAUUAGUUAGUAGUGGUAAUAGUGUAGCUAUCAGAAGUUCUUAGAUUGGACAUUAGUUAGUAGUGGUAAUAGUGUAGCUAUCAGAAGUUCUUAGAUUGGACACUAGUUAGUAGUGGUAAUAGUGUAGCUAUCAGAAGUUCUUAGAUUGGACAUUAGUUAGUAGUGGUAAUAGUGUAGCUAUCAGAAGUUCUUAGAUUGGACACUAGUUAGUAGUGGUAAUAGUGUAGCUAUCAGAAGUUCUUAGAUUGGACACUAGUUAGUAGUGGUAAUAGUGUAGCUAUCAGAAGUUCUCAGAUUGGACAUUAGUAGUGGUCAUAAAGUUUAAUACCUUUUUUUUUCUCUGGUUGGGGAUGGGGGGAAGCCCUAUUCAAUGCAAAAAAACUCUUGAUUGACUUGACAAAAGAAUAGAAGUUCUUUGCCUCAUUGAAGGGGAAAUCCUGUUUGUUUGUCUUAUUGUACAACCAUGCUUUGUAGGCCUACUUAGAAUUGAGUAUCAUCUAAUCAGCCCAUAGUACUGACACUGUUACAAAAUUAGUUCACAUGGGUAUCAACUGAAUAUUUCUGUCAUGAAAUAAUUGUAAAUAAAUGCAUGUGUCGUUAAGUUAUUGUGACUAAAGGUACACAAGUUAUUGUGACUAAAGGUACACAAGUUAUUGUGACUAAAAGUACACAAGUUAUUGUGACUAAAGGUUCACAAGUUAUUGUGACUAAAGGUUCACAAGUUAUUGUGACUAAAGGUUCACAAGUUAUUGUGACUAAAGGUACACAACUGGGGAUUUGAACACUUGUGAUGUGCUGGUGUAAGAUAAUAAUGACCUUUGAACUUUAUUUUGGCCGCUCACUCAUGUUUCCUUUAAGGGAAUCAUACCUCCUUUGAUUAUCAUUGAAAUGUUUCACCCAAUAAGAAGAGUUAGUUAUCUAGCUACAAUUUGAUCUUUGAACCCUCUCAACUGUUGGUAUUUUAGUAUUGCACUGUCUAGCCAUGUCACGUCGGUCUCACCCCCCCCCUCCUUUUUUUUUUCCCCUCUCCAUUCGUCUCCAAUGCACUUGAGUCAAACACAUUUUGGAACAUUGAAACAAUAGCUGGCAGACGUGUUUGGUCAAGAGGAAAGUUUGAUUUCAUGCCCGUGUAAAUAUUGACAUAAUGAGAUUAGAGUUUUCCCCCAAACCGCUGUGGCUCAGGGCAGUCACUAUGUGGCGUGCUAAUCCUGGCAACCUCAUCACUACACUCAGACGUCUGUAUAUAGUGUAGUCCUUGUCCCUAAUCACGCUACUGUUUUUAAUGGUGUACACUGUCAGUAUGCUGUAUGUAGGCCUAUUAGUUCAUGAGUGACUUCCAGCAGAUUCCCACACUCAAUGUUGAACCCAUGUCAUAAGGGCUUGUCAUAAUUGAACAACUCUGACAUCUGUUUUGAAUACAUUGUUUGUUAGUCAAAUGCCAUUUCAAAUAGUUUUAUUUACAACUCUGGGAAUUUUUUAUUUACAACAAUUGGAAUGUUUUAUUCACAACUCUGGGAAAGUUUUAUUUAACUUGUAUUGCAAAUAAAAUUUAAAUAGAUUAAAUUUAAUGUUGUAAUUUAUAUUGAUUUUUUUAAAAACAUUUUUCAACUAGUUUCAGUUAAUAGUAAUGUGAGUAAAUUUUCUAUUAUUUUAAAUGAGUUUCUGUUAUGCCUUAUGUAUUUGCUGUCAUUAUUAAGUAAACAAAUUUUCACUUGUCAGCUUUGUUUCAGAUGGACACUCUGGUAGAUUGCACAAAACUCUAUCAGGGAUUGGUUCAUCUUACCACUCAUUGUUUUUAUGUAAUCAUUCAAUUAUAUAGUGCAGCCAGUGGCACGUUUCAUAAUAGGAUUGACCAAAUUGUUUCAAUUGUUGCAUCGGCCUCUGGCACUAAAUACAUCACAAAUUUACCCCAGCAACUGAAGGUGUUUUUUAAAAUAUGUUACACACAUACUUUCAUACAGGUACUCCUUUUAGCUUUAAAUUUCUUUUUGAAUUGUUCAAAGAGACUUCUGCCAUCUAAAGAAUCACUAUUAUAGAUCCUGUAAUCAUGAUACAGGUGUUCUUAUAUCUCACGAUAAUGAUAAAGGUAUUUUAUCCUGUGGGGUUUUAUUUCUUCUCAUUGUUGAAACCAUAUUAUAUAUAAAUUGAUUCUGAUGGUGUCUUUUUGAAAUCAUAUUUCAAUGAAACAUUUGGUUCAUCUCAGUGAGAGAAAAAAAUUGGUCCCCCCCCCAAUGAAAAAUGUGGUCCUUUUCAAUGAAACAAUAUAUCUUUCUUAACAAAAAAAAUUGUUGAUCUCAUUGAAGCAUUUGUUCUGUUUUAAUGAAACAUUUGGUCCAUCUGAAAAAACCCCACCAAUUUUUACAUCUCAAUGAAACAUUUGGUCCAUCUGAAUGAAACAUUUGGUCCAUCACAAUAUAACAAUUGGUCCAUCUCAGUGUAACAAUUGGUUCAUCUCAGUGUACCAAUUGGUCCAUCUCACUUACUGCUAAUGUCUAUUUUAUUGUCCUAGGUAAACCCUGGAAGUCUCGCAGCCAAAUGUGGGCUCCAGGUUGGAGAUAUCAUCCUCAAGAUAGGGAGUAGCUCCACAGAACAUUUACGUCACAAAGAUGCCCAGAGUUCAAUCCUAGACUGUGGCAAUCACCUGGACCUUCUCCUGCAAAGGUAGGCUAACCGAUGUGUAGAGCAACAACAUUUUAUUUGACGUCUUGGUAGCUUCUAGCCAGGUUGAUUUUUGGGUGAUGGUAUUUUGUGUGGUGCAGAUCUUUGGAAAGAGUUUGCCAUGAAUUCAGCCACAAACCCUACAUUCAAUACAUCCAUACACUCAUUACACCCACACAACCAUUACAUCCCUACAUCCAUUACACCCCUACAUCCAUUACAUCCCUCGUGUGCUUUAUUUUAGAUUUAAUUAAAAAUCAAACAGCUUGAAACUAUAAUUUAGCCUACUGGAAACAUAAUAAUAAACUAAAAUAAUAAUUACAGAAUGAGGUUGAAAUUGUGAAACAUUUUUCAGAGACAUUGCUGGCUAUUUGUGUCUUUUAAAACUUAGUAUAGUAAAGCAGCUUUAUUCUUAGACUGGUGAAGUGACUGAAAGCUACUGGCUGAAGCUUUUAGCCAUUAGCUGCCAGAUAACGGUUUUGAAGCUUUCAGUUCUUUGGUGUAUUGAUGAUGGCAUUAGCCCAAAACUUUGGUGUAUUGAUGAUGGCAUUAGCCCAAAACUUUUGACUUUGCAUAUUUUCCAAUCAUAAUUAAAGCUUGACAUAUAGUGCCAUAUUUAUAAAAAUACUUAGUCUCACGUUAAUGAAGCUUUUAGAGUAGGGAGCAAUUUUAAAAAAGAUAUAUAUUUUUCCUGCCUGUCGGUAAAAAAUACGCCCAAUAAAAUCUCAAGUUUUGACUUUUUGAUGCAAGUAUUUCUGAUCAUGUUACAGAUUCCUAAUCUGGGCCAGGGGCCGGACAAUAUUUUACUUACUCAAUACAAUUAGAUGGACUGAAUGAGUAGGAUCUUGAUGUAAAUUGGAAUUAGUAUUUUUCAGGACAUUUUGAUUGGGACUUGGACUAUAUCAAUAUUUGGUUUUGUUGGUGAUUUUUCUUGUAAAGAAAGCCAAAUUAACUGUAUGUUUUAUUUGUAUGUCAGUGUUAAAUUUAGAGUGUUUUGUUGAACACAAAAGCCUAAUCCAAUUAGGGCGGACCAAUGGAAUCUCUUGUUACAACAAUAAAUAUACUCAGUAGUGAGUCACCACCUGAGUUCAAGUGUGAGUCAUGGAUGUAAAUGAUAUUUCUGUAACAUCUGCUGGAGUUUAAAGGUGUAGGAAGUCUGCAUUAAGUUACAGUCUACACAGAGAAGUAACGACUUGUCACAUCUAAUGAAGUUGUAGUUUUUUUAUGUGGACACCUGACCACCUGGUCCUGUAAUGCACACCGGAGGGCAUCUUAAGUCAUGAAUUUAAGUGUUUAGGGAAAUAGCUUUCUAAAACUGAAUGUUUUAUUGGUGCUACUCGAUGAGUUCAAGUUCAGUUGAAUAUGGAAUACACCAGAACUUGUUAGUCAAUAAAUUUCCCAAUUAAACAUCGGUAUUAUAGAAAUAGAAAGUAGUAAAAUUCAUGAGCGGGUGAUAAUGAAAGAGGGCUGUUAAAAAAUAAAAUUAAAAAUAUGGAUGUGGGGGGGGGGGUGGGGGGGCGCGAACUCCAACAUAAAAUGCAACCAGGCAUCUUUUAGUGGGGGGGGGGGCGAACUCCAACAUAAAAAAUGCAUCUUUUAAUUUAAAAUGUAUUCAUAUACACACAAAAAAAGGACCCCCCCCCUCCCCCUGGCCUCAGAAUUCACCUAUGUUGACAGUAACAAAGUAUGAGCUAGUUAUUGAUUAUUGGUAAUAACUUCUUUUAGGAUCGAUUCAUAAAAAAAUCAACUCUCAUUCGCUUUACUUUCUGGAAGUUUGUCAUUGGCUGUUAAAUAUGACAGGAACCUCGUUGAGCCCUUCAGAGUCAAGUGUUGGGGCAGAUUUUUUGAAAAAUGUAAAAACUAGUAGCUGCUAUACCAUCUCUGCUAACAACCUUUUAAAGAUUAGUGUUCGUGCUGGUGCCUUUCGAUGACGUCAAUUAUACCAUGAUUAAUGUGGGUUGUUGUUUUUUUUUUUAAUUGAUGGGAAUAGAAAGCCUCCACCACAUAUUCUUGUCCACGCCCAGUCAAAAGUCUGACAGGAAGCGAAGGCUUGACACAAGGAAUAGAACUUACGUGAAAGCAAACACUCGUCAAGUGAGAUGGGCUGGCCAAACAACAGCCGACUACUGUUCGUGUAGACACUAAACUAUUGUAGGUGUUUGUAGUGCAGGGAUUAGUAGGAAUUAGGACUAGUUGGAAUAGUAUGGUUCCAUUGGUAUGAGCACACCAUACCAUGUAGUUACUUAAAUGAUUGUUACAUAGGUGAUUUUGGGGUGUUGUAUUCAACUAAUGGGAGUCGCUUAGUCAAUUAUUUUGUCACGUGAUGUGAGUAAAAACGAGUAAGAUUUCCGGUAUACUGUAUACAACACACUAGUGCUUGACAACAGUAGCCCGCUACACACUACAACUACACUACAUUUCGUCCAAUGAAAAUUAACAAUAAAAUAAACAAAGGGGAAUGACUCCUGCAUCAAUAUUGAAUAAAAACGCAAAUGACGUCAUGAGCACACACGGAGCUCAACAACAUCCUGCCGAUAAUAGUAUUGAUAGUUCCCAUCGAAUAUCGCUCACAAAUUUUUCUUGAAAUAACUUUCUUCCUUUAAUUAUAACUGACGUAUAUUUAUUGUCACAUUUAUGUAUUUCGUUUAAAAAACGCAUGUAUUCCAGAAUGUUUUGAAAGGUAAAAUUUUUAAUUAACAUAACAUUGGGGAAGCACUGAUGAAGUAUCUUUUGUUGUGUGUAGCAGCCUAGUGAUGGCUUACUCACAUCACGUGACCAAACAAGGAAGUGACUAAGCGACUCCCAUUGGGGGUCAUCUAGUUAGAUCACAUCAAUACGGAUCGUGGUAUCGAUUCAAUGGGCAUAUUAUCGUUUUAAUAGGCAUCUUAUCGAUUCAAUGGACAUAGUAUCGAUUCAACGGGCAUAGUUAGUAUCAUAGUAUCGAUUCAUUAGGCAUAGUAUCAUUCAAUAGACACAUGUUAAGAGCUUGUGACUUUGAGGGUAUUAGUAUAUAUUUACAACAAUAAAAAAAUCGAGGAUGAAAAGUGCAACAUUUCACAUAUUCUUCAAUGGUUAUGGCGUCACUCUCUCUGUGGACACUUAGACUUUAGACUGAACCCCAAACAAAAGGUGAAAGUGUCCUUUCUCCCAAAGCGCCCUGAAAAGUGUAAUAGGUAUGCGUAGGGGGUACUGUGGGUUUGAAUGGACCAAAAUAGCUCAGCCACCGUCCAAUGAUAGAGCUGGGCAUGGCCCGAGCCACUCCGGUGUCCGCCACCAGGAACGUUGGGGUUAAGUCGAUCCCCGUCAUGUGACACUUUGAAGCCACUGACCCACAUCAAGCAAACACCGGGGGUUCUCUUACCCAUGAAACGUUCCCGCUCUACGGGAAACCUGGUCCACUUCUGUUUUGAAUUUCAAUGACUUGCGGACGGCGGCGCCCGACAAGCAUGAUCUCAUAACGGGGAUUUCAUUGGAUGGGAAGCUAAAGUGCGGAGGACCUUGUCACACUAAUCAGAAAUAAUGAAUGGGGUCCAUGCAACCAUUACUUUGGCGAUCAAGACUCGUGUUUCCAAUCACGUCUAGAUAGAUUUAUUAACUGACCAAUAUUGGUCAGAUACAAAUCCAGUUGCCACUAAAAUGUUAUAAGAACACAGAUACAAAUAGGCCAUAUAAUGUAAUAUAUAUAUAUAUAUAUAUAUAUAUAUAUAUAUAUAAAUCUGUGUCUUAAAUAUGGAUUAACAAAAUUAUGUAUUUUAUUAGUGACGAAUUAUUUUAUUAGUUUUCUUCUCUCAUAAAUAGGCCUAUAUAGAAUGUUUAUAUUUCCAAUACAUAAAGCAUUUUACAAUUAUUUUUUUUAAAUCAAUAAAUGGAAUCAAACAGAUGGGCCCUGAAAAAAAACAACACAUGUAUAAAUAACAAUCCAAAGGGCUUCUUCAAAGAAGGUGAAGACGGAAGAAAAUUGAUUUCGGAACAACUUAAGAUGAAAGCUGACAUAUUUCCGGCACAUACAAAAAUUCUGUGGCAAUGUGGUCUUCGACAAAAAUAAUCUAGUAGAAACAACUACGUCAUCGAGACCUCCUGCAAAUAACAUCGGAGAAAUUCGAUCUCAAUGAAUAGCUUUUCUUUGAGCUAACUUGUCAUAUUAUAAUAAGCAAAGCAAAUAUUUUCACACGACUUAUAUAUAGUGGAUUAGUUGACUUAACAAUAUAGGGGUGUCAUUUUUAUAUGACAUCAUUACACUGGAUCAUGGGCCGAUAAGAAUCGGUUGAGAAUGGUUACACUUGGGUUAUUUGAUCAAUUUUUCUUUUUUUUUUUUUGUGUUACCAGGUAUUACUGUCUGCUUGGGAAAAAAACAACACCAUCCAUCAUAUUCAUAUAUAUAUCUAUAUUGUUUUAUCACUUAAACGAACCAAAGAAUGCCAUUAUAAUCAACAACAGAGCAAACAAAAAAACUGUUCAACUGUGGUUGACGUUCAACAUUGUUGUGUUUCUGUGUCAUAUAUUAUAUGUGGACGAACCCAAGUGCUGUUGGCUCUGCAGCUUUUUUUUUUCCAAAGCAGUGGUUCUCAACUAUUUAUAUAUGUAUUUUGUAAUGAUAUCUUUUGCUUUAAAAGCUUUAAGAAUACCAGUAAGACUCUGUAUUUAUUUUAAGAUUUGUUUUAUUUAAAUUUAACUAAUGGCAAGGUGGUACUGGUUCUCAAAUUGUUUGCGCGAACACACUAAAAGUCAAACCCCAGGAAAAGUUUCCUUUUUUUCCUUUGUAGGCCUCUAACUCUAUAGCAGCAUUUAUUUAAGAAAAUUCGGGACAGAAAAUUUUUCAGUUAAAGAAAUCACACCCUUGCUCGCUGUGUACACUCUUAUCGUUGAGAACCACUGUCCAUGUCUGCACACGCUGCAAUGUUAAAGUUUAAAACAACACCACCACCAAAACUUUUCGUUGUUCUUCCUCUCACAUCAAGAAUAAGGGAGAGUAGCCAAUCCAACGGUUGGUAAGUAACGCCAUCUUCAAAUCUGGGAGGAUAAUCCUUGUGUCGUGUUCUCUUGUACACUAGUUGUUCCCCCUAGCAACUGUGAUGUCAUGUGUUGCUGAACACUAGCUGCUGCCCGUCCUGUGACGUGUGUGGGUAGGGGGUGUCUUGUUCAGUUCACUCAGCUCUAGUGCAACAGCGCGUCUUGCUCGUUACCCCUAGCAACAGUUUUUGUCAUGUGAUGUAACGAUAACUUGAAUAAUGUACUUUGGAAUCACAAUGUUGGCAUCAUCGCGUCAUGAUUGGUAGUUAAUUAUAGUUCAUUCUUACACUAAUAUUAAAUGGCUGUUAUUUAUCUGUUUUCUUUACUAACCGGUUGACAGUGGCGCAGCUGGGGGUUAGCUCCAUCCGGGGCGGGCAUAGCUCUUUUGCCGCCCCUCCUCCACGAAAAACAAUGCGUGAGGCCGAAAAUACCUUACGGGGCAGACCCCCCCCCCCCAACCUACGCCACUGCAAUUUGACUCACAGUCACAUUAGCCAUUUCUAGGUUUGCAUCUAUAUUGUUAUUAUGCAUCGAUACAUUUAUGUAGCAUCUACAUUUAGGGGGUUAGCUCCAUCCGGGGCGGGCAUAGCUCUUUUGCCGCCCCUCCUCCACGAAAAACAAUGCGUGAGGCCGAAAAUACCUUACGGGGCAGACCCCCCCCCCCCAACCUACGCCACUGCCAUUUGACUCACAGUCACAUUAGCCAUUUCUAGGUUUGCAUCUAUAUUGUUAUUAUGCAUCGAUAAAUUUAUGUAGCAUCUACAUUGUUAUUCAGCAUCGGUAUUGCUAUUCAGCAUCGAUAUUUUGAAUGUUGUGCAGCACCUAUAUAUUGUUAUGAUUCUUUUAAAAUGUACCAUUAUUGUUAUGUGGCAUAGAUAUUGUUUAUGUAGCAUCAUAGUUGAUAUUGUAGCAUCUUUCUUGAACAUGUUUGUAGCAAGUAGACAAUUAGAUGCAUGAUUACUCUGAAGGAUUCAGCGGGUAUCGGAGUCGUUUGUUUUAGUUAAAUUCCAGAUUAUGACUCCUGCGGGUGACUCAUGGUUAAGAUGGCGUGAAAGUCAUUCGCCCCAAAUCGGAUUUAUGUUACAUAAUAUGUAUCUUUGACUCCUCUUUGAGGGAUGCAUUACAUUCGAAUGACGGCAUGGUAACGCCUCCUCGUCCUGUUAUGUUUGGGGGAAUGCACCAGUUGAAAGGUCACAUUGGGUUCAAAGGUUAUAGAACACAUGCCAAGUUUAAUCCAGCUCACAUGCGCAUGGGUUACAAUGGCCUGUUUGUUGUUGACAUGUCAAGGGCUGUGAGAAGAAGUAGGCUAUAGAAGUAUACUUAUAAUGUAAUCACUGGAUAUAAUCAUUCGUUUAUUUUAUUAUUAUUAUUGGAAUGAAAAUAUUACCAUUAAAUAUAAUAUUUAAAAAAAAAAAUUAAAUUAUUAAUGAUGGUCGUUAGCUACAAGUGUUAAAAUGAUGAGAUCAAUUGAGCCAUGAUGACCACAGAUAGGUUUCAACAUUCAGUAGACCCAAGGGACCGUGAACAUAUGUAACACGAAGGGGGUAAGGGGUAUCAAUUUUUUUUUUUAUUUUGUUAUAUGUGGGGAGGGGUAGAGAUCAAUGUGUUUAUUAUAUAAGAACUCUUAUUUUAUUUUGAUAAAAGUUAAAUCUUAUUUUUUGCAAAAUUUCUGCUUUCCAAAUUAACGAAAUUAUCAUAGAUUAUUAAAAACUAAAAUGUAUUUUUUGCUACAAAUUUUAUAUAAUAUUUGGGGGAUGGGUGGUCAAUGGGCACGUUCUAUAACGUUAUAAAGGGAGGGGUCGAUCAAACAUGACAAAUUUUUGUACUGUAUAUGUUCACGGUCCAUAAACGGGCAAUUUAAAAGUUCUGCACUGCUAAAGCUAUUUUUGGCACUGUCAGUUCCCACCACGGUUCGUAUACCCCACAUUGACGGCGAACGAGCCCUACCGGCACAAACACAAAUGGCAUUUGAAAUAGUAGGCCUGGUGACGUCAUGCUUUACCCACACACCUUAUACUUCCCGCGUAUGUACAUACAGCCUUUUGUUAAAUAAACGAGCCACACAUGGCAAGCAGACACGUUCUUCCUUUUUUUUGUACAGAAGUAUAUUAUAUCCAUAAUAGUUUAUGCACAAACAUUAGUUUUCAGAAGUAUUCAGUAUAUGUAGUUAUGUAGGCCUAUAUAUUCAAAUAAUGGUCCACAUCAGUUCUUUCCCCUAACCAUAUCGUUUCUGUUCCACCUCACCAUCUCAGUUAUUCUGGCUCCGCUAUAUAUAAUAUAAUAUAUAUAUAUAUAUAUAUAUAUAUAUAUAUAUAUAUAUAUAUAUAUAUAUAUUAAAAAACACAAACACAAAGAUAAACAGACAUUUUGAAAAGUGAGUUUCUCUUGUAUCUCUAAACUUCCAUAGUGAUAAUUUAUGUUAAGACUAAGUUACAGUCCACGCCGUGAGAUAGCGGUCAUUUCAACCUCCAACCUCCCCCCCCCACCCCCAACUUGGCAACUCGUCAUCUACUGGCCCAUGACUGAGUUUUGGUGACCGGUGGAAUUCGUCAUGCUGACGAGACUUGACCAUUUGCAUCAACAGUUCUCUGCUUUGUUUGAGGCCAAACGGGAAAGGGGGGGGGGGGUGUUAGACAUGGGGUGUGUGUUCAGUCUGAUAUAAAGUGAUAAGGGCGCCGCGAUUUGUAAGCAAGGAAAUGCCGACACUUGCGUUAAAAAAGUAAAAGAGUUAAUUGAGUAAGCAACAUGAAGGAACCGUGAAUUGAGUAAGAUGCGUAACACCAGCACAACAAAGUUGAAGACCGUCAUGGAUACAAGGACAAUAAUUUUUAGGCUCAGAAUAAUGGUAGGCACAACUACCGGAAAUAUCUCUAUUUAAUUUUAAUCAUGGCUCAAAAUGCAAACAAUUGUGUAAUUUGAAAUGACUAAGUGUAUGGGCUGAAGUGACGUCACGCUGAUGCUGGGUUUAAAUAGAUGCAGAAAUAUCCUGCUUUUGAGUAGCUGUGCUUCGUUCGUUUGAGUCUUUUGCAGACAUUCUCAAACCAUUGUGUGUGUUUCCUUGUUGUUUAAGUGUAUGUAUAUUGAGCAUAUCCUCCCACAAUCCUUUGCAUUUUAAGCGGAGCAAUGCUGGAUGACGUCAUUAACUUAUUAUGGUUUCGGUCAGCUCAGAAAAAAAAAGGGGGCGGGGGAAGAUCUCGAUGUGCAAUUUUUUGAUACAACCCAGUAGAGUAGCGCCCCUUUAUUCGUCCAUUACUUCAUCAUAUCAUCGUACAAUCUUUGCUGCUGGCAAACAAACCAACACAGUGGUAUGUGUGUUUGAAGGUGUGUGUGUGUUGAUCCUGGCCAAACCAGUUUUUGCUACCUGGCAUUAUAAAGGGUGGCACAUAGCCACAUUUCAAGGGGGGCCUUUUUGACCUACUUUUCCUUGCCUGUGUAAACCGAAACAACGUAUUUCCCUUAAAAAUUCAAAUUUAGAAGAAAUUUUUAGUUUAAGAAAAAGGGGGGGGGGGGGUGGUUUUUUGGUUAAAAAUAAACCUUUCAUCAGUCUGUUAUCUGCAUGUGAUAUAUGAGAGCAUGUCAAUGAUCACUUUUAUGUCAAUGAUUAGUCUCAUAACCUCCAUACCUUUUUUUUAAAUGGGGAUAUCAUGACACAUAAUGUACAUACAUAUAUUUAUAUAUAAAUUUGUGUAUAUAUACAUAUAUAUAUAUAUUUAUAACAAAUUCAGUGAACUAAAUGUCUCUUUUAAAGACAUCAUACUGAUACUAUUCAAUAGGUUUCUCACACUGGCGCUAAAAAGCUUAAUAGCAGGUUUCUCACCCUGGCACUAACAAGCUUAAUAGCAUUUCCAGGAAAUGUUCAUAAUAUAUGGAGGUUUUUUUAUAGCUGAAAAAAAGUAUUGAUUUUUUCACUUCAAGAGAUAUAUUCUAUAUUUUAGGCCAGAGGGGCCAACAUUUAUUUAAAAAACAGCUCCAUACUUCCCUGGUUGGCUCAAUGGUUGGCCCAGUGGUUGCCCCAGCUGUCUCACAUCUAACAUUGUUUAUUAAACUUGUACUGAAUAUUAUUUGGUUCCAUUUUUUUGUGGGUUUUUUUUUGGGUGGGGGGGGGGGGGGGUACAUUUUUUUUUUUUUUUUUUCUUUAUAGUAUUUCUUUAUUUUCAUCACAAUAAGUUUGAGUGCAAGGGCAGAUUACUUGUCAAAAACACAUGCAUUGUUAUGACAUAACUUAUGAUUUGUACUCACGUUGUCUCCCAGUGGACACUAACUAGCCAAGAACUGCAACUUGAGUCUGCGACUACAGUAAAUUUAUCAUUUGUUUUCACUUUGUCUAUCAAAUGGUUGUAAAGUGAAAUAGUGAAACUUUUGAGGACAUGCAUUUAUGCGCAUGAAACUGAUCCUAAAGUAGCUAACACAUAAAACAUAAUGAUGAGCAUUGGAAUGACCAAUAUUUGAUAAAGCCUAUACAAUUAAAUGCAACUGAAAAUAUUGAGAUUUAAAAAAAAAAAAUGAUUUUCAAGUUCCUUACAACCCAGGAAGCGAUAAGAUAAUCUUUUUAUUAAAAAAUAAUAUAGACUGCAAUAGCAGUUAUGAAUAUUUUCAUUAUGCUUUUGUAAUUUUAGAUUAAACCACAAACAAAUUUAUCAAAGUAUUCACUUUAAAAAUCUGUUCCUAAGCUUAAUUUAUUUUAAUCGAUACACUGUAUUUUGUGAUUAUUGUAGCACACGAUAUAUUUUAAUGUAUUGAUGAAUUAAAACACCAAACAUGUAUUUUCUAUUUCAUAGGGGAGGCACACCAGGCUAUGACAAGUUCAAUGGUCCUCAAAUUAACAACACAUGGACACCUCAACCACAGAGUUACUCUGUACCACCGCCCCCUCCUCCUUCAUCUCAAGUAAGACUUCGUUUUACAGAAAUAUGUUUAGACAAUCUUGUUGCAAAACAAUUACGGAUAAUUAUUAAAUUUUCUAUCUCAAAUAGUGUAGGCCUUAAUGCCACAGUCUUUCGACUGAUCUGGAUAUAUCGGUCAGCAACAGACCUUUAUUUUAUGUUUCAAUAAUCUGACUCACCUUAGCUCAACCUACUUGACCAUUUGAUUGUUUUUUCCCCCAUAGAACUUUAACACAGCCCCACGUCCUUUUGGUAGUCAAGCAGCUCCAGCCCGUUCCAACUAUGAGGUCAACCUGUCUCAGCAAACUUCAAACUUGUCCUUGUCCAGGUACAUAUUGAGUACUUCAUAAUGGUUAAUUCAGCAACUGUGUUCAGUUAUAAGAAGGGCAGUCGCCAUGACAAUCAACCGGUUACAAUAAUGAUUUAUUUAGGGUUUCUAGACACUCUAGUCUAAUAUUUGAUAACACAUAAUUGUUAUAGACUCUUAGUAAUUUUACUAAUUAAAGUCACAAAAACUCUAUGAAUAAUUUGAUUAUUGCAUUUAAUUAGACUUUUUUUUUUUUUUUUUAGGGUUAACAAACUGUAGAUGGCAAAACCAUGUAUAAGUUUAAAAGAUAAAUUUAAAAUAUAACUUGAGUGCAAAUAACUUUAACAGAUAAACAGUUAAAUAAAAAUUUUUUUCAAGUAAUUUAUACAGCUCUAGAGAUUUGUAUCACACUUUUUUUAUACUAUCUUUAAUGAAAUUUUUUUUUUCUAUAUACCGGUACUCAAUAUGCAAAGAUGUUGUUCUGUGGUGUCUAUUUGCUCCUCCUGAAGUCAAUGUUAUUUGCAUGUCAGUAUAAAAUUUGUCUCAAGUUCCUCAAGCAUGCAUCCUUUUUUUUUUUUUGACUUGUUGGUCUUUUGAGUGGUUUCACUCCCUAAACUCAACACAUUUGUGGAGUGGUUUGAUCCCAUUAACUACUCCUUAUUUAUUGACACAUCACUUUCAGCAGUGCUGGAACAUAACUUUGUCCACGUGGCACAUUUGUAUAGGGAAAAGGACUUAACUAUUGUGAGAGAAAUUGUGAACAUGUCUGUGUGAAUAUUUUAAAUUUAUUUUUAUUUCUGUUUUGAAGUUUGUUAACUAGAGCUUAUGUGGUUUCGUUUACUUCUGUCUUGUCCAUUUCCCCUCCACUAUUUUGUUAACCUUUGAACUAUGACAGUGAACCCAAUGAGCCCCCACCUUUCCAAAGUGCAGCAGAAAAAUAUACAGAAAGGGAAGAUCCUCCAGACCCGGCCCAGAAUCAGUCAAAGUCCUUCAAAUAUCUGGCCAAUCUCAUGGAUGAAGGAAGAGGUAAUUUAUGGUAGUCACAUGAUUGGUCACCUGAUGUAUUCAGCGGUCUCAUUUAUAAGGAGGCUCAGAAAGAUGCAAGAAAAUGACCUAAGGAUGAUGGAAAUUAAUUCAAAGAAAAAAGUAUUCAUUUCUAAAGCAUGAAUUUAAUUUCUUUUAUUUCAUCUGUAAAAUUGAUUUGUAGAUUUUCUAAUUUUUAAAAAUCAAUAGCUAAGUUUCCUAAAAUUACAUUUGAAUGCAAGGCUGUCUUCGUACAUCUUUAAUUGGAGUCACUCUCUUUCUAAGAAGAUUUAAAAUGGAAAGUAGUAGAUUCAAACCUGAGCAUAUAUGAUUGACUUAUGACCUAUUUGAUGAUGAAGUAUUUAUUAGAAAUCAAAUGUCAUUAGUAAAGCUAUAAAAACAAAAAAAGAAACUGUCUAUUGACUUCAUUUUGCAUGAUGGCAUGUUUCUUCACCUAAAAUAUCCUUCUAUGCUACCCAUUUCAGAGCUUAACACAGCCCUAAAGCCACGGGUGGCUGCCACCACAACCACCACUAACAAGCCAGAACCUCCUAGGGGCCCCUCUCCUACCCCAAUUGGUCCUAGUAGCAAGCCAGGUUACAUCAAAGCUAUAGUGUCCCAGAAAUACAACAAUCCAAUAGGACUUUACUCCAAUGAGAAUGCCUCUACCCAAUUUGAAGGCCAGUCUAAAUUCCUCAUCGAGAAAGAAGAAGAGUCUGGGUGGGUAAUUUCUGAGACAGCUGUAACACUUAGAUGAUAAUACAAUAUUUCAAAUGUCUUACAGGGACAUUUGAGUUUGAAAUGGACAUAUUGCAUAUUGUGUUACCUCAGGACCUUUCUUAAAUUCAAAUUUCUAGCCAAGAGAAGGAAAUAUCAUCAACUGAUUAACAAUAUAAUUUUUAACCACUAAACUUUCACUAGCUUUUCUCUCAUAUGAUAAAAAAAAUUUAACAUAUUUCUUUCAUUUAUAAUUCCCAUGAGAAUAUAAUAUAGUGUAUGUAAAGAUUUGAAACAACAUUAGGAAUUAAUCUCAUUUGAUUUUAUUAUUAUUAUUUAGAAAAAUGUUAAGAAAGUUAUUAAUUAUUUUUUACUUAGAAUUCUUAUUUGUGCUUUAAAAUUGCAACCAUAAUUCAGAGUUAAUAUUGUGAGUUAUAGUGUUAACAGUCAUUAAUGCUUCUCAUCUGAUUUGUGCUACAUUUGGUUAUUGGGACAUUGUACAAGUUAUUCAACGAAUGAAUACGGUUUGCUUUAUAAUAUAAUUUUAUAUGCAUAGAGUACCACCCCCAUCCUGUUUAUUAAACUAAUGCAAAAAUUUAGACAGAAUGCAUUCUCUGCAUUUGUUGUUGCAAAGUAUUAUCAAUGAAAUCUGGAAUGGGUUUUUACAUGUUCUCUGCUUUUGAUUUUGUUGGUUAUUAUGAAUUAAUUUGCAAGACCACUAUUUGUGCAAUAUGUCAUAAUAUUACAAGCAUUCAAUGACUUUCUGAAUCUAUUCUUUUAUUAUCUCCUCAUCUUUCACUUACCACAUGAUUAGCAUGGUGUUGUUUUCAUCUUUCAUUUUGUCAUUCUUGUAAUCUUCAGGGCUUCUCGAUUUAUCUGACUAUCUCAUUUGCAUUCAUUUGCAAUGUAUUAAUAGAAGAAGUAAAUAAUUUAUUCCUUUGUUGAAUCAUGAAAAAAAAACACACACACUUCAAUUUGAAAUUCUGACAAUGCUGUUCCUACUACUACUGAAAGCUUAAACAAUGUUUGACAUUAAAUUCUGUCUACCCUUAUCCUAGUCCAAGGAAAACAAACCCCAAAGCUAGUCAAUUAAUAACUUGAGCAGCCCUGGAUUCUGUAAGCAUGCCAUCAUAUAUUGUGUUACGGUUUAAUUUGAUGUCUCUCUACCUAUGCAUGAUUCUGUUAUGAGCAUCUUGCUCGUCUGACUUGUUUUCAGUAAUCUUAAAAUUGAUGACCUCCCACCACCUCCCCCACCUGUUAAUCAGAGUGACUAUGAUGAGAUGGGUAGGAAAAAGUAUGUCCCCUCUGAAACAUUCCGCCUGGUUCAGGAAGAGGUGGGGCUGUUGCCCAAAGAGGACGAGCCUAAAGUGGCUCAUUCCCGAACAUUUAAAAAGUUGGAACAACAACUGAACAGGUGGGAAACAAUUUGCGGUAUCAGAUACGUAUGUUUCUCUUCCAUGAAAACAAGGCUUAUAACUUAAACAAGGCUGUUUAAUGAUGUAUACUUCCUUUGUAAUAGAAAUUAAUUUAUCAUAAAAAAAAUAAAUGGUGAUUUUCAAUAUAUAAUUACAAGCCAGUAAAAAAAGAAACUUACAAAAAUUAAAUUAUGAAACCUUAGAAAAAUACAAUUCUUUUAGGCAACAGAUUUAUUUCACAACAAUUUCAUUAUCAUAAAAUAAAAAAAAAAACACAAAAAAAAACAUUUUGUUAUUAAAAAAAUUUGCAUGAAAACUUCUACUUAUGUUUACAAUUUUCUCUUCAUGUAAAUGUCUUCAACUGCUCAUAGAUUUUACUGUUAGUUUAGUUUUGCAUGGUUGUGUUCUUUUUAUUGUGUCUCAUCACUGCCUUCAGUUUUGGCCUAAUUAAUGGGAAGCAUUUGCUAUUCCUAGAAUUAUUGUUUUCACCUGGUUUUUUUUGUUGCUACAUUGGGUGCCUUGUUUGUGUAGAAUGUUUGCAAAAUUUGAUCAAAAUCUUUCUUAUAUAGUUUCUUUUACAUUUUCUAUCAUUAACAUCCAUUUUUAUCCAUCACAGUGGAGGUGUUCCUUCUUCCUAUGUGCCUCCAUAUAGUAAGUACAUCUUGAUAUAAUAAUAAUAAUUAUGUUCUAGAAUAUGAUAGAAAUUGGUAUAAAAAAAAGUUUUUGAAGUUGAGUUAGGAAUCUGUGAUUCAGCACAUUUAUUUUUGUUCAAACAUUGAAUACAAUUAUUAACCAUUGUUGCUAAUGUAAACAUUUGAAUCUGAGUAGUAUUAAAAUGAAUGGCAAUUCAAUUUCAUUAAAAAAGUUGUGUAAUAUGUCACUGGUUGUUUUAAUAGUAUUUUAAGGAGUUGAUGUUAUCAAAAUGAAAUUAUGAAACAAUUUUGCAUGUCGUUUUAGAGCCUGUGCCAGCGCCCAGCUACCAGCCUACACCAGUGGCUGCUCCUAGCUACCAACCACCACCGCCACCACUUCCAGUUUCAGCUGCUCCAAAACCCUGGGCCCCACCUACUCCAGUGACCAAUGCCACUCCUCGACCAUUUGGGUCAACCGCUGCUCCCAAGCCAACAGGCCAGGGUGCCACUAGGGGUAAGAAGGGAGAUGCAGCCAUGAACCCAGCCACCCUGCCGUCAGCAGGAAGAAUCCCAUUGUGUUCAGGGUGCAACAUGCCCAUAAGGUAAGGAUUUGCAGAAUAGAUAUCAUGGAUUUAUUUACUUAAUAAGAUCUGAAGAAUUAUGCUGACCGCUACAAAAUAUUAAAGAAAUAACCAUCUCUUAAGUGACAGUAAAUUAAAAUUUUCUUGCAUAGCUCUACUUAGGUGUGUGAGAUAAAAAUAUAUUUAGUGGUGUUAUAAUGUUUUGCAGAUUUCAUCUGUUUUAAGAUUUGGCUCAUUUGUUGAACAAUAUCAUUAUCAAAGAAAAAUGAUAUUUACAAUAAUCAAUUGAAUUAUACUAUUCAAUUUUAAACAAGAUACAAAAUCAAAUAGACAACAUUGAACACUAUAUUGACUUACAGCAAAGUAAGUGAAUAAUUAUAAUCCUUGAAAGAUAUUUUUUAUUGUGUUCGUCCGUCGAAGUCGACAAGGACCAUCGAAUCAUCCGGUUAGGGUCGGGCGGGGGGGUUGGGAUUACGGUGAGCUCUUAGGUGGCUUGUUAGACCGAUCCUUGCUCGGAAUAAUCUAUGACACCGUGGGCAUGGAAUAGUUGCUUCAGACGAUGACCUAAUGUUGCUCUUUCGAACAAGCCUGCGUGUCUCAGCUGUGGUUAUUCUCUUAGCUUCAUGGGAUUUAGCCCCCUUCUUGACAGCAGCUCUCCAUCUGGCUCUGUCCUGGGCUGUCUGCACCCAUUGAGUAGGGUUUAUGCUGAAGGCCUUUAGUGCCUUUUUCAGUGAGUCUUUGUAACGCUUUCUUUGGCCUCCUUGGGAGCGCUUGCGUAUCGUGAGUUCUCCAAAGAAUAUUUGUUUCGGGAGCCGGUGGUCUGCCAUACAGGCUACGUGUCCCAUCCAACGGAGCUGAGACUGCAUCAGAGUUGUGAAGAUACUAGGUAGGUUCGCUCUAGCGAGGACCUCGGUGUCGGGGACUUUGUCUUGCCACCUGAUAUUAAUAUACACAGACACACAUAGAGAAAAAUCUUCUCUUUUUUUUUGCUAGACUUCCUAGACACUUGACAUUAAUAGGAGCCUUACAAGAUUUUACUCUUUGUGGGUGUAUAUUAAUAUUUGUAUCUUUUGAGGAUUAUACUUUUUCACUUCUUAUAUGUCUAAGAAAUCUCGCCAAAAAAUCUCUUCUGGCUUGGAAAGCUGCUGGCUUAUUUAUAUGUAGGGAGUUGGAAACUUCCAGAAAAUAAAUUUUAGAAAUUGCAUCACCGGAUAGCAUGAUUAGCAUUCUUUAGAACAGUGCUACCUACAUAUUUAAUAGGUGUCAUCAAUUUUAAAACAAAAAAAAGGGGGAGAGAAGUGGUGGUUGCCUUAUCUUUAAGUUGAAGUAAAAUUAGGUCAACUCAAGGCUAUAAGUGGUCAAAGGGAGAUAAAUUUAGAUAAUUAAAUCAACUCAUUAUCUUUUAAUAGUUAUACAUAUGUUGUGAAGGUAUGGAAUCUGACCUUAGAAAUAAUAAAUUGGCUGUUUUUUAAAAUCUGGAACUAUUUCAAAAUGAAGGAGUCUUUAAAAAAUAUUUUUUUCAAUAAGACUGAUUGAUGCUGUAAUCUAUCUUUUAAUUAUUUUUUUUUUUAAACUCAGAGGACCUUUUGUGACUGCUCUGGGGAAAUGCUGGUGUCCUGACCAUUUUACCUGUGCCAACCCCCAGUGCGGCAUUAAACUUUUGGACAUUGGUUUCGUUGAGGAAGGGGGGUUCCUGUACUGUGAGAGGGACUAUGCUGUUCACUUUGCCCCACAUUGUGACAAAUGUGGCCGCGCUGUUAUUGGGGUAUGUUAAAAAAAUAUUUUAAAUAACUAAUAAAUAUGUGAGAAAUAGGUGGCCUAGGGGACAGGCUGUCUGUCCUUAACUCUUUUGCUGCGGAAUUUUUUUAUCGAAAAAAUGUGCAUUAUUUUUCGAAGAGCAAAAAAGAGGGAGAGAUUGGGUUUAUUAAAAAAAUAUUUAAAAUAUUAUUUUUUGGUUUAUAAGACUAAAAUUGGUAUCAAAUGAAAGAUAAUUGAAAGUACUAUAUGUUUGUAAACUUAUUUCUUCAUUUUAAAUAAAAUGAAUUACAGAAAAGAACCAUAAAAUGUGAAAAAAUUGUAUGCUAAACCAUUUUUUCCCCAAAUCCUAUGAUGUACGCAUACAUCAUCUUCACCUCUAAAACUCAAAUCCUCUAAAUAGUCUACAACUACUACUAUCGGAAUCAUCCGAUAGAUCUAAAUAUAAAUCAUCUUCACUAUGAAAUAGUAUAAAACAAUUUCAAAGCUUUUUGUGCUGUUAAUCAUCUACAAGGGCCGAGAGUAGCCAUAGCAACAGUAGAAUAAAAUAGUGAAGAAAAUCAUUAAAAUAAUGCUUCAAAUGACAACAAAUAAACCUUCGUUUCGUUUAUAAACAAUGAAGUACCACUCUUCUAUGUAAAAGUCUUAUUUAAAAAUAGCUCUUAAAAAGUUUAACCGAGAAAUAGCAAAGAAACAAACAUGAUAUUGAAACAACGCAGAGCCUGCUGGUCGUGCUUUUGAGCUCGGCAGAUGAACGCAGUGUGCAUUGUUAAGCAAAAGCGUUAAGAGAGUUGGCUAAUUUACUUUCAAGAAUACUAGCGAAAUAAUGUUGCUACUUUGGUUGAUACGGUUGAUAUUAAAAAUUAUAUCCUACAUUUAGUAUUACAAAUCUUUUAAAAUUAGCAGCGUUUCUGACAUUUUCCUUCUGUACACGUAGGAGUGUGUCAAUGCAGUGCAGAAGAGUUACCACCCUGAAUGCUUCCUGUGUGCACAGUGCAAACAGCCCAUAGGUGGCACCAAGUUUCACAUUGAGGAUGGAAAGUUCUAUUGUGAAGCUGGUACUGUAAUAUAACUAAUUACCUUUGCAAAAAUGUUGUCUGGCUUAUAGAUAAUAAUACAGACCUGUUUACCCUCAUACUCUUAAAAUCGUACAAUAUCAUCACAAAAUUGUUCAAUACGUUAUCUUAAUAUUAAAAAACUUAACAUACAUUAUAUAAUAAUAUAAUGUAUACACCUCAAUACGUACAUUGUACGUCAAAAUCUAAAGAGUAAACAGGUCUGAUAAUAUCAGUUCAAGCCCUGGAAUUAAGGGACUCUUUACAUUGUUAAAUUUAGCAUUAGAGACUGCUGAUCUUAAAUGAUACAAUGAAUUAGAAAGAAAAUUCAUAAGUGAUAAAUAGAAUUGUACAGGGCUGUAACAAAAAAUUUUCAUGCAAAUAAGAAACUUCUAAGUGGACAUUUUUUUAAAAUGUUCAAGUGAUGUUCUAAUAAAGAAACAUAUUUUGCAUUGUAACUGUAAUAAAUUAGGAUGUACCUGGCUCAAUCGAAUUUCCAUAAUAUAACUCUAGUUUUUAUAUUGCUUUGAAACCCCUGAGAUAAGUUAGUGAUUUCUAAAGAAAUAAUUAAUAAUAAUAUCUGACAAACAUGUAUGUUUUAGUACAUUGCAAUUAAAAAAUAAUAUCUUUUGUAUCUUCUCUCAGACUGGGCAUCCAUGUUCCAGACCAUGUGCUCCGGAUGUAACUUCCCCAUAGAACCUGGAGACAGAUGGGUUGAAGCUUUGGGAAAGAACUUUCACUCUGAGUGCUUUAACUGCGCAGUGAGUCAAAUGAAUUUUCUUGAUAAUUAGCAUGUUUUGUUACUGUUGGUUCAUCUGUAACCAUUGAUUUAAACUGUGCAUUUUUAUUUUAAAAAUCAUUUUUGUAACAAUGCAAUUUACUGUUAAUAGUUAAAUAUACUAAUUAUUUUUAAACAGCAUUAUUGACCUACUACUCAUAUUUAAAUAUUUUUUAAAAGAAAUGGAGAAAUUUUUAAAAAAUUGUGUAAAAUUUUAAAAAUCUGUGGAAAUGAAGAAUAGGGAAAAAUUAUUCUCUUAAAAAAAUUUUACAUUUGAAAAAGAAUGUGUACAUUAAAAUGUAUUACAUUUGGUACACAUUUUGGUUGCAAUGGAUCAAAGUGACCCAGCAAGUAAUGUUUUAAAUCACCAUGUUGUACUUUUGUUAUCUGUUCUCACAUCACUGCUUGCAGGCUGAUGUCAAUUAUGCAUUUAUAUUAUUUUAUGUGUUGGAAGCAGAUUUAUCUUGAUCCUUGCCCUCCCAGUUCUGUCCAACUAAUUUUGGCUGACUCUUGUUAAUUAUUCAGUUUAUCACUUUCUUCCUUCGACUGACAAGAAAAAUGUGCAAUAAAAAUCUGUGCAAAUUUUUUUUCUGUUAUUAACAUCCUUUUGAGUUUUUUCAUGUCUUCAAACUCAUGUGCGCAUGUUUCUUAAAUAUAACAAGACAACUAUUGAUCAGUUCAGAAGUUUUAAGCUGAAGAUAAAUUCAACAAAAAGUAUUUUAUGAUGGAAAGAAAAUUAUAGCAAAUUCGUACAAUUUGUGCCUUACCAAAAAAAUUACUUCAUAAAAAAAAUAUUUUAGCAUUGAGCUUUGGUUUGUUGGAACUUGUCUUGCGAAGAUUUUUCAUGUUAUUUUGGUCAAGUUUAAAGUAAGAUUAAAUAGAAUAUAACAUUGUGCAACUGGCAGGAUUAUGUAUACAACUGGCCAUUGAUAGUUGAGGGCUGUUAAGUUUCUGAGGAUGUCCUGCCAUUGUUAGUUGAGGGCUAUUAAGGUUCUGAUGUCUGGCCAUUGAUAGAUGAGGGUUAUUCAGUUUCUGAUGAUGUCAAUUUUCAGAAAAUUUAAAGGAAACAUCUUGUCCAAAUUGUAUACAUUUUGUUAGUUUUCUGUGGCUAUUUGAAUUUUUUUUAAAAAUGAUAUCGGAGCCUAUAAAUGAACAUUAUUAAAGCUGUUAAUGAUUUGAGAACCUCCCAUAAGGCCUUAAAUGGGGUACACUAGAACUAACCCAUGGGAAACCACUGAGACAUAACACCACAGGGGGCUCCCCUUUCCCCAGACCCUUCCCCCUCCUUUUGCCUGGAGGACUUGAUCACCUUCAAUUUCUACUGAUCUUUGGUGACACUCUGGAACUUCUAUUUUUUGUUCCUAUGAGGCAAAAAUGUUGAUUUCCAUGCUGGUGCUGUGUAGUGUCAGAGGAGCGUGGAGUUUUCUAAAUUUUUGCACUUGUGAUGCAAAAAAAAUGGUUUCCCUGAUAGCGUUCUGGACAGAAAGAAAGACAUAUCUGGGCUUUUCUUAUAUAUAUUUUAAUAAUUUAAAUCAGCAAUGGUAAAUAACAGACGAUGUGAGGAAUGAUUUCUUUAAAAAAACAAAAGGGAUUAAAAAAAUGCAAUUCUAUUUUAGUUUUAAAAAAUGGAACAUUGUUAGCUGUGUUUAAAUUUUGUCUUUGGAGAUGCUUGUCAGCUCAACUGCGCUGCUGUGAAAUAAUCUAUUGCUUUUUAAUCCAAUCCUGGUUUCUCUUCCCAUACAGACUUGCCAAGUAAAUCUGGAAGGGCAACAGUUUGGUGCCAAGGGGGGCAAAGCAUACUGCAAGAAACACGCUCGCUAGAGACUCGAAGCCUAGGGGAAACAGAUUAUAUUUUAGAAAGUUUGAAUGACUUUGCUAGAAGUAUAUGAUUACUAGACAAAGUAGCGAAUGCCUUUAGGUUUGACUAGUCAGUAUGACAGAGUUGUUGAGAAUUUUUUCAGAUCAAGUAGGAAUGAAGGGAAAUGAGCACUGAUGAUGCCUUAGUGUUAAAUCAACAUUUUAACUAUAAGACUUUAAGUUUCUCACCAACAAAGUUAGUUGAACAUUUUUGGAUUGGUCAAUGGAAAAUGAAUAGUCAUAUAUGAAUAUGUAAAUUAUUUCUAGUUUAGUUGCAUGAAAAAACUCAAUGAAUUCGGAACCCCAUAUUUCAUAAUACAAGUUUGCUUUGUAUUUUAGAGUAUUUUGAGACUGAGGCAAAGAUAUCACUUUUAUCAAGGAGUGAUUUCUCCUUUUCCCCAGCUGCAUGUUAAGCCAUUUAAAAGAUUCACUUUUUAACAUACCCUUUUAAAGUCAAUAGUUUCACAUCCUCAAAAUCCUUGAGACAAGAGUAUGUUUUUAACUUGUGACUGCAUGGGGGCUUUUGUCAGCCUUAAGUCAAACUGUAAUUAAUGACAACCUACCCGACGUGUACAAAAUAUCUUGCGUGCUAGCUUUGUUGUGUGUUCAACAAGAUUUAUCCCAUUUGUUUGUUCAGAAAUAAUUCUGUACCUGUUCAAUAACGAGUCUUGGUGUGGUUGGCAAAAUAGUUUCUUAUCUUUGAGCUCUGUACAUGCCUGGAUAUUCAUAAAAGUAUGGAACAAUUUUUUUAGCAUCUUCAAGCUCUUCUAUGUAAUAGAUCUCCAGUUGUUGUCUUAUCUCCAGAAUAUUUCUUAAAAGUGGGUUAAUCUAAAAGGAAGCAAAUACUUAACUAAAAAGAAUAAAAAAGAACAAGUCUCAAAAAGUUUUUGGUGAAGGAAGUACACAAUGUAAAAGGUAUUAAACUGUAUGACUUGAUUAAUAAGACAUGACAAAGGUGAAAGGUCAUAAUGUUGUUUUUUGUUUGUUUAUUUGUCGAACACUAUCUUACAUAGUUGUUGGAGUCUUUAGAAAGUAAAUAACUUUUUUGUCAAGCACAAAUUGUUGUCACACCUGUUGUCUAAUAAUGGGUUGUGUCUUUAAAAAAACAAUGAUAUCAUGUAAGCAUGUCAGUGUACAACAUGGUGGAGCAUUUUGUCAGUGAAAGUUUGUGUGGUAACUUUUUUAAGGCGGGAAUUUCUAUAGAGUGGAAAUAAUUGUGUGGUUUCUUUUUUAAAAAAUGAAUUGACCUUUAACUCAAUAAGGCACACUAACCAAUCAUUUAAGUUGGAGACUUGGUUAUUUAAUAGUGCUCAGUAUUUCUUUAGUCUCAUAUAUUUUUAUGUGCCCACUUUGAGAAUAGCGUAUUAGAUGGCAUGUGAAAAAUUCCUUACUGAAUCUUUCAUCGUAGGGUCAUGAAAAAGAAGAGCUGUCGGCGUGUCCUACUUGCAUAUCAUCAAUGUACUCAGAUAUAUCAAUGUUUUUAGUUUAGCAUAAGUACCAAUACUAACAUCUCAUACAAGCUUGUUUAAAUUAAAUCAAUAAACUCUACUAUAUUGUCAUAAAUUUGGAAACUGACUAUGCAUUAGUUACUGCUGUUAGAUGUACCUUCAGUUUUAUAUAUUAAAUGUUGAUGUCAGCAGUUAUCUUGUAUCACUAGAAAAUGUUUUCUUUCUCUCCAGUACACUUUUGAAUCAACUCCUCCUUAUAGAGUUGUCCCCAGGGAUUGCUUGUAGACAAGGCUUCCAGAGUUCUUCCUGGUAACCAUCAACAUUGUGUCUGACUUGUGAUAUACACUACAGGCUUCUGUGUCUUACUUGCUCUACACAUUAAAGGCUGUUGUGUCUUACUUGUUCUACACACUAUAGGCUGUUGUGUCUUAAUUGUUUUACACACUACAGGCUGUUGUGUGUUACUUGUUUUACACACUACAGGCUGUUGUGUCUUACUUGUUCUACACACUGAAGGCUGUUGUGUCUUACUUGUUUUACACACUAAAGGCUGUUGUGUCUUACUUGUUUUACACACUACAGGAUGUUGUGUCUUACUUGUUUUACACACUAUAGGCUGUUGUCUCUUACUUGUUUUACACACUACACUCUAAGGCUGUUGUGCCUUACUUGUUCUACAAUCUAAGGAUGUUGUGUCUUACUUGUUCUACACACUAAAGGCUGUUAAACAAUAUUAUUCAUACAGAGAUAACAUUUAUAAAAUACAUCUUUGUAAUAUCAGUUUCAUAUCAUUCACCAGAAGCAGUUUGAAUCUUUUGGUGACCUGUUUAUGUUGCAGUACACCUAACUGUCCUGUUGCCAGAAGAACAUUAAAAGUUAAAAUCUGAAUUCUGUUUUUUUUUUUUAAAACAACCAAAAAAACGCUAACAAAUAUCCAUUUAUUGAAUCACAAUCAGUCAUAAUAACAUCUUUGGAAAUCAACUGUUCUAUAAGGCUAUUUAAUAAAUAAGGAUACAGAUUGUUGAUUUGUAUUGAGUAUGUAUUGCUUCUAUAUUUAUAUGACGUGUUUAAACUGAAGAUGUGUAAAAAUAAUUCACUUUGCUUCUGUCUUUUGCCUUAUUCUAUUAGCAUUGAUGAAUGAUAACAGAAAUAGAGAUUUUUUUUUUUUAAAUUUUAUAUCUCUACAAAAUAGAAGCAAGAAUUUUGUUCAAUCACAAAUGUUUAUUUUUGGUGGCAUUUUAAUCCAACCCUAACUUUUGUUUCUUCCUGUUCUUGACUAAUGAUUACCAGUUGGAAAACCUGUGAUACUGAGAUUCUGUGUGGUCGUGUCUGCUCUACAUAUCCUUAUCUUGUGAUCAAACGUGUGUUCAUGUUAGACUUUGAAGUAUGUUAACUUAUGAGUAUGACACUUAAAAUAUGUAUGCCUCAGUACAUCCUGAGGAAGAGAUGUGAGCCAGGAAAAUAUAGUAUUGAAAUCUAUUUGAUAAAAAUCUUCAGAAGAGGCAUUGAGGCUAUUCAAUAUUAUGUGAUUGUAGAUCAGAUGUGUCAAUAAUUGGCCAGCCACCUUUUUUUUUCCUUCAAGUGUCCACCUACUGAAUUAUUAAUUUGUAUUUUUGAAGACCAGCUCACUUGGGCUUAAUGUGGGGAGCUUGAUGCAUCACCUGCAAAUGCCGUUAAAUGUGGAGGCCAAAACGUAGCAUCCACAUGUUUAACAUGGGAAUAGAUCUGUAGCAAAUCUUGACUGAGGCCUCAAUAACACUGAAGUUAUUGUUAUUUAGAGAUCAUCUGUUAUAGGAUAGGAGUUUAUCCGUUUUUCUUAAACUGUCGUCACGUUGGAUUGUUAAAGUAAAAUUGUAUCUAUAUUAUUUUUGUUACUACAAGUUUAAGGAAAUGUUCGCCUUAUUUUAAUUAUACUAUUCUAUUUAUAAUGUCUCUACAAAAGAAAAUUUGAAUUUGUUUUAUUUGUAAACAAAUUCUAGAAAUAACUUAACUUGUAAAAAGUUUAUUUUGAUAUAAUAUACCAAUGCAACAUAUGUAUAUUAAAUGACAAUAUAUUUUAAAGCUUGAUUAAGGAGCAAUUUUGAUCUGUACGUCAUGUCACAACAAACUCUUUUCCCUCUUAAACCUGUCCUAGUGCCCUACUAUUUAAGAGAUCUUUUGUUGUUUUAAAUAUUUGCACUCCUUUAGAGCUUUUUUGUGCACACAUGAUGUUGACACUGAAUCAAUCAAUAAAUAUUCUUAUAGUGUACUGCUGUUAUAGACACCUCAUUAUUGCCAUGUACGACCCUCUGUCUACUAUGUCACAUGUCCUCACUUUGUACAAGCCUCUUACUUUGUAACAUGUCCUCAUCUUCAUUAUACCAGGUAUACAAAAUAUGACAGAAAAUUUGUGUUACUUACAAACUUUUAUUUUAAAAAGAAAAGCAAAAAAGGGAGAAUGUGCCUUUUAUAAAAUAAAAAUUCCUGCAUUUUAACAAUUCUAAAUGUUAAACUAUUUGGUCAAUAAAAUUGUCAGUGUAGUCAUAAAUGCCUGAAAUAAAAAUUCCUGCAUUUUAACAAUUCUAAAUGUUAAACUAUUUGGUCAAUAAAAUUGUCAGUGUAGUCAUAAAUGCCUGAAAUAAAAAUGGUGUUUUAAUAUGUUGACAUAAAAUGUUGGGUGAGGAGUAAUGUAAACAUUGCUGAUUAAUGACUUUAUAAUUUUAACAAAUACAAUAUGGAUAGGUUACAGGAGGAAGGGGACAUAAGCUAAACCUGGUACCUACAAAUACAAUUGGAUUCCCAUGGGCAGGCACCUAUUAGCUAUAUCAGUGUUACUGGGACUGAUGUAAGAUAACAUCUGCACCUUUCCACAAGCCCUCAUCUGAAUUAUUGUCUUAGUAACUCCUCUGUCUUUUACACAUAAAUGCAUUUGGUUAUUAUUAGGUAGUGAUAUCCCCUUAUCUAAGCCAAAGCUUUUCAAGGCCUUCAAAACAUAUCAUUUGUCCAAGGUUUCAUUCGUGAAACAAAUAAUCAUACCAAUCAGUGCACCAAUAGUCCUACCAAUCAGUAUACAGAUAGUCCUAAGUACACAAAUAGUCUUACCAAUCAGAGCCUCAUUUUGAAUGAGCUUGUGUUGUCCUCACUCCGCUCAGUCCCUUAAAUUUUGUGCGACUUGUUGAUUUAUCUCCCUUAAGUUCAGCAGCAUGCAUCUCAAAUGUAACCAAAGUUUGGAACGCUGAUGAGAAUUAUAUCAUUGAUCUGCCAAAAUAAAUUUUGGGCCAGGGUAUGGGAGAUAAGAAAGAUCUGUGACACUACCUUUGUAUUUGCAUUGUUAAGGUUACUUGCAAAUAUCAUUUCUACUUCUACAACUUGAUCUACAGCUGAUAGUUCAUGUUGCCUCAGAUUAAAUCUGGAAAAAAAAAAAACCUUACUUUUUCUAUGUUAAAAAACAUGAAAUUUCUUUUCAUGUUGCGGUGCUAUAAUAUAUCAACACUGUGUAAAAUAAUUUUACCAUUAUAUAAAUUACAUUAUGUAUUUAUUCUUUCUUUCUGUUCACAAUAGCAACUCAUGCUGCCUUCUUUUUAUAUUUAAAAUGAAUUCAUUAGAUUCUGAAAUAGGUCAGAGAAACCGUAAUAAAGUUAGCUCCCUUUAUGAGAACUUUCUUUAAAGAGUUUGUUUUACACGUUUUCUUUUGUUACUGUUGUGUAACAAGCUGGAAAUGACCUUGACAUUGAAAGCAGCUGAUGAUAGGGGACCGCUAAUUGAGACGAAAGCCAUGGAACGAUUAGAUAAGAUUCUUUUAUUGAUCAAAAUAAAUGAAAAUGUUUUUUUGAUUACAAUGCACUUAUUUAUUUAUAGCAUAGAAAUAAAUACAUUUUUUAACCUUGACAACAUUUUAUAAUUGUAACGAUUUAA